AUCACCAUUUUAAGAAUGGUGUGAAACGCACAAAAUAAUGUGAGGGCAUUCCAUUUGUCGGCUUUGGGAGAGAGGAGAAGAGAAGAGGAGAGGAAAGCUCCUCCACGCUCAUGUCGUUGUUCUGCCAUGGAAUCCAGACCUCAGCUAUCAGGUAAUAUUGCUCCACCAAAACCCUACGAACGAGCUGGGACCUCAUCUGGUCCUGCACCUUUUAAACCUCCAUCCCCUGGUAACACAAGUGAUGUUGUUGAGGCAUCGGGAACUGCAAAACCUGGAGAAAUCGUUUCUACCGCUGCGAGGAGUUCUCCUGUAAACACAAAUGCUCUUGGAAGGGCUGUACCUACAAGGCCUUGGGAACAGAACUAUGGAAACAGCCUUGGAGGCUAUGGUUCAAGUCUAAAUCAGAAUUCGGGCUAUGGCUCUGGAAUGUACAGUUCCUAUGGUGGCUUUGGAGGAGGGUCGUAUGGAGGUGGGCUCUAUGGUAAUAACAUGUAUAGAGGUCAAUAUGGCAACUCAUAUGGAGGUUCUGGUUUGUAUGGAGGUGGGAUGUAUAACAGUGGAUUUGGAGGCCCUAUGGGUGGUUAUGGCAUGGGAAUGGGCACGGGCAUGGGCAUGGGCAUGGGCAUGGGUGGUCCAUAUGGUGAUCAAGAUCCAAAUAAUCCAUUCGGUCCACCUCCCUCACCACCAGGAUUUUGGAUUUCCUUCCUUCGGGUGAUGCAAGGUGUUGUAACUUUCUUUGGUCGGAUUUCAAUCCUCAUUGAUCAGAAUACCCAGGCAUUCCACUUGUUCAUGUCAGCGCUUCUUCAGCUAUUUGAUCGAUCCGGGAUGUUAUAUGGCGAGCUUGCGAGAUUCGUGCUAAGGUUGCUCGGGGUCAAAACAAAGCCAAAGAUGCACCACCAACCGGGACCACCUGGAGCACUCCCUGGCCCUGAUGCAAAUGGGCAGAACUACAUCGAGGGGCCAAAAGCUGCAAGUGGCUCAUGGGACACUGUUUGGACAGAUGAUGGGAGUAAAGGGAGGUGAACUUGGCAUCAUGCAGAUAUGAACGGCCCUGAAAUGCAGGGGCCAGAGGUUUGAACAUUGCCGGCCAUAAGUUGGAACUCUUGGAAGAAAUGAUCACUUCUGCUAGCUUUAAGGGAAUUAUAUGUAGACAGAUGCAUGUAUUAGUACUGCAACAUGGGAUAUUGGCUUUUAAACGUUGCUUUUCUUUAGAAAUAUAAGAUUUAUAUCAACCCAUCGUUUGUAAUAAAAUGUGGAGAUGUUUCAAUGC